AUGUUCGCAGAAAUCGCCAAGCAGGGGCGUGCUCUGUGCCAGAACACUGCAUGCAAAAAAGCAGGUGUCAAGAUUGGCAAAGGAGAAUUUCGCAUGGGCACGCUCGCUGUAAUCGACGGGAGACCGUCCUGGAGAUGGAAGCAUUGGGGAUGCGUCACGCCUCUUCAGAUCGGUAAUCUGCAAACCCAGGUCGGGACACUUGACGACCUGGAUCUUGACGAUGAUCUACCACGGAUCAUCGACGGCUAUGAGGAGAUCGACGACGAGGCACGCGAGAAGAUCAAAUUUGCGCUGCACAACGGACAUGUUCCGGACGAAGAUUGGAAGGGUGACCCAGAGUUGAAUCGACCAGGCAAGAAAGGUAUCAAUAAGCGGACGCCGAAGAAGAAAGCCGUCGAAGAGGAUGGAGACUCCGUGGACGAGAAGGGGGAAACGCCCUCGAAGCCGAAGCCAAAGAAAGGGCGCGGCAAGAAAGCCAAGACCGAAUCGGGAGAUGAAGCAGACGUGCCAGCGCCAAAGAAAACGGCCGUUGGAAAACGUAAUAUCAAAGUUGAAGAAGAGGAUGACGCUGAUGAAAACCCCCCUCCACCAAAAAGAGCCAGAAAACGAAAGGCCGCGGUCAGAGAGGAAGAUGAAGACGACCAAGUGGCAGAAGAGCAGCUCGCGAAGAAACCAAGAGCUCGAACGGUCAAAAUAGAGAAUGAGGAAGAGGCAGCCGCGGCACUUGCUAAGAAGCUGCGGGCCAAGAAACUCAAGGUCGAGGAGCAAGGUGACGAAGACAUGCCAGACGCACCUCAGCCUGAACCAGCAAAGCGCGAGAGGGUCCGGAAGAGGAAGAACAUGUCCCCCAAUGCUGAAGGAGGCGAGAAUGAGGUCAAGAGAUCAAUCCCGCAGGGCACUGGCGAACUUGAUAAUCUGCCCGCAGCUACGAAGGCUUCGAGUAAGGCGAAGACAGCCAAACGUGGGCGCAAGGACAAAGCUGUCAAGCAAGAAGAGCCUGAGGAGGACACCCAUACCGCACACGAGACCACCGACGAGAUCAAGCCAAACAUCAACGGAGAAGAUCGGGCGCAAGCGCAUGAAGCAUACGGAGACACAGAUGCGGCAGAACCCGCAGUACGUCCCGAGCUAGAAGAGCCCGCUGUCGAUGCUGGAGGAGUGGAUGAAGAGGGAGAAGCUGUCAGCAAACCGGCCAAAGCAGGAAAAGGCAAGAGAGGUCGCAAGACCACCAAAGGACGGGGAAAAUGA